GAAAUUCAAUAUUAUUUUUCUGGAAAAAAUGAACAAGUCCAAAAAUGCCAUAAUAAUGCUUAUAAUUUCAAAUUCCAUAAUGACCAAGUCCAUUUUGUAAAAACCUGUACAGGAGAAAAUGACUAAGUGGACUUAUAGUCAUGUUUUCUUGUCAAUAUUUUUAUCUCUAGGAUUUGACUUAAAUUAAGAUAGCCAUGCAUUAUGCUUAACGAAAAAAAAACGAGAGAAAAGAUACAGAAAUAUGAUGUGACAGACAGGGAAAAGAGAGUGACGUUUGAAGUUUAAACAGUUUAUCAUAACAAUUAUUACUUAAAUCAAAAUAAAAUUGUGUUCUAUGUUAUUAGACUUAAUCUUUGGUAACUAUCUACACGUAUUACAAUAAUUUUGUUUUUCGGAUAUUUAGUUUUAAAAAAUAAUAAGCUAAUGCAAUAAUACCUUAUUUUAGUGGCAAAAUGAGUUGUUCGAAAAAUUAUUAUAACAACGCACAAGAAAUUAUUAAUGAUCUUAGGGAUGUUCCGGUAGAAUUUGCUACUAAUUCUAGUAAUACAAGCCCUACGACUUUAAUAAUAAAUGAACCACUAGUAAAUCCUACGCAAGUUAUAGAAAAACGCAGAUGGGUAAUAAAAAAUCCUCAAGGAACAAAACGUGAGAAAAACAAGUUAUUAAAAAAAUCGUGUUUAGCGUAUAUUAAUACUAAAGGCAAACAAAUGCCUGCAAAGUCCCCUAGAAAUGUAAAUUGUGACAAUUGCCGCUACAAAUGUACAGAAGUAUUUCCUGCAGAUCGUCGACAAGAUAUCUGUAAACAGUAUCACAGUCUAUCCUAUGACAGACAAAAGGACUUUAUAAUUAAUACCGUUGCAACUUCUGAAUGCCGAAGAAAACGAACGAGGGACUCUAGUAGACCUGCAAAAAAUGUCUCUAAAAUUUAUACAUUUGUUAAAAACGGAGAAAAGAAAAGAGUUUGUAAAAAUUUUUACUUAAAAACCUUGUCGAUAAGUCAUGGACCGGUUGAUUCUGCUAUAAUGAACAUAGACACAAAUGGAAUAAAUCAUUCAAUUCAAGAUCGACGAGGAAAAAGUUUCCCAGGAAAUAAGACUAAACCUGUCAUUUUGAAUGAGGUGAAGAGACAUAUAGAAUCAUUUCCUGUGAUGGAAUCACACUAUUGUAGACGUGGAACUACACGGAAGUAUCUUGACUCUACCUUAUCCAUUCUUAAAAUGUAUGAAUUGUACAAAGAUUUACAGAUCAGCAAUCAAAAGGAUUUUGUUUCUCCAAUAACAUAUAGGAGGGUGUUUUGUACGCAGUAUAACUUAUCUUUCUUCAAACCAAAGAAAGAUCAAUGUUUGCUGUGUGUUAAAGAAGCUAAAUCUAUUGAAAAAUCAGAAGAAUUUCUUUCUCACAUAAAGCGAAGGGAUGAUGCUAAUAGAGCAAAAGAUUUAGAUAAACAAAGAGCAAUUCAUGACAAAACUUUUGUAUCAGUAAGUUUUGACUUACAGAGUGUCCUGCAAAUUCCAUGCUCCGAUGUAUCACCUCUUUACUACAGUCGAAAGCUAUGUGCAUACAAUUUAGCAAUUUAUGAAGCAGCUCCACCAAAUAAGGGAUAUUGUUACCUUUGGUCCGAAGUUGAUGGCCAACGAGGAAGUUGUGAAAUAGGUACAGCUUUAUUGAAGUGGUUUAAAACUUUACCUGAUACUGUCAAAGAAGUGUCACUCUUUAGCGACACAUGUGGCGGCCAAAACCGAAAUAAAUACAUUGCGGCUCUUUUGUUGUUUGUAGUCAACCAGUUACCUAUAGAGAUUAUUACUCACAACUUUUUAGAAAAAGGUCACUCGCACAUGGAGGCCGAUUCGAUGCAUAGUGCAAUUGAAAGUGCAAAAAAAUACAUUCCUGUAUUUUGUCUUAAUGAUUGGAAGACAAUUAUGACACUAGCAAGAUCCAAGAGAGGCAAAAAUAAAACUUCUGGUGCCUACAUUGUAGAGCAAAUGACUUACCGUGACAUUAUUGACUUGAAAGCACUCAAUACAUCUAUACUACAAAAUACAAUUCGGGAUGAAGGGGGAGAAAAAAUAGAAUGGUUAAAGAUCAAACAAUUAAGGUACGAAAAAGAGAAAAAAAAGUUUAUAAUGUUCCGAUACAACUAUGAUGAAGAGUAUAAAAUGUUUAACAUUAAAGGCAAAGCAAAAGGUAGGCCCAGUAAUAAUAUUCCAAAAGAAACUGAGUUAAAGAAAUGUUAUACUGAACCCUUGCCUAUAUCGAUCAAGAAGAAAAACGAUUUAAUUCAACUUUGCCGUAAGGGGGUAAUUCCGAUCGAAUACCAUGAAAGACAAGUGUCCAGAACCCUCACACAAUGAAUAUAGUGAUGAAGACAUAUGAAGUUGAAACUAGUUACUACUACUUGUUUAAUUAUAGUCUUUUUUAAGUUUAAAUACAUAUUCUAGAAUCUGCAUUGUUCAUAGAAACCAUUACAAACCUAUGCAGUUGAAAUGAGUUACUGGUUUAGUAUUUGCUUAAAUUAAUUAUAGACUUUUUUAAUUUAAAAUACAUAUUCUAAAAACUAUAUUAUUUAUAAAAAUCAUUAUAAACUAAUCUCACGUAAAAUAAUUGAUUUUAUAAUAAGAAGCAAAAAUUAGAAUACUAAUAACCCAAAACCACUAUC